UCCUCGCUUCAAACCCGAGCUCAGCAAUUUUGUCCCACUCGACCGGCUUGCGCGUAGUAAUACUUGGUGAGUUCCUUGCCGAUGCCACUUUUUGACGAUGCAGCCGGUUUGGUAGAAUCUGAAUGUUUUGAAACAGCUGUUCAUUGGCACAUCGACUAGAAGGUGAUCACUCAGAGAAGGGUACGGCUCAUAUUUCAGAAUGUCAUGGCGUCGAAAACUCUCCGCGCCUUCAGGAUAACGGUCUCUUCUCUGCAAGAUGAUGAUUAGGUACUUCGAUGAGCCCCUUCACAAUUGUCCCCCUCGCUCUGUGUAUGUAACCAAAUAUGUCUCUCAUCUUAUAUGUAAGCCAAUUAGAUAAUUAAAGAGAGAGGUCAAAUAAUCCUAGGUUGUUCCGGUCUUUUUUGCAAACAACUCUUCAGGGUCGUACGACAAUUCCGAGUUCACGCCACUCCCAUCACAUCAACACCAGAAUGUCAGAUCUUGAAGUCAAAGUGGAGUGGGACGGCGACAUUUACGAUGUCUCUUCUCCUUUUACCCUUCUCGGCUCUCAGACAUCGACAGGGCAGACAAAGCAUCGUUUCCAGGAAGGCGAAGCUCCAUCUAACGCAGCCAAGGUCCCCAAGGCAUUUUUCCAAGAGCUCGCUGAAUUCCUACAUCUCAAGAAUCUUGCAGACUUGGUUGCGCUGCCGCUCUUGGAUGGCCCAAGAGACUGGACCAAGACUGAGCUCCUGGUUGGGCCACAGGGCACUCUGAUGAUGGACACUAAGGAUGUCCUCGGGUUCGAGUCCGCACAAAUUACGACAAGUUGGUUCUUCCAGGUGGGGGAUGAUGGGGUUAUUUCUUGCAAGAGCAACGACGUGUAUGCUGCCAAGAAGAACACCCACGCAGUCUUCCAGGAUUCGAAGCCUCUUCCGACUGUGGAAGCAUUGAAGGCGGUUUUCGAAAUGCACAGCACAGCUUUCACUCCUCGAAUGCUGGGUUAUCUAGUCACGUACGAAACUUGGUGA